AUGGGCGCAAUCGAGAAUCGCGGCCCGCAGCUGCAAGGUGUCGCAUAUGCUCUUCUUGCCAUUGCAUUCGUGUCUUUACUGCUAAGAUGUUAUUGCCGGAUCCUGAUCGUGAAGAAUUUUGGGGGCGAUGACUGGAUGAUGGUAUUGGCAAUGAUCUCGUUUAUUCUCUUUGUUUCCUGCGCUCUUGUUGGCGUUCAUUACGGUACAGGGCGCCAUUUUACCGAUUUAAAACCAGAAGAUGCGUCCACAGCCAUGAUGUACUGGUGGUUUUGUUAUGUGUGGUACUGUAUCACCAUGAUAUUCUCCAAAGCGUCUAUUGGCUACUUUCUUCUCAAAAUCGUCAUCGACCGAACUCAAAGGAUCAUUAUCUAUGCCGCCCUGUCUAUCACAGUGCUCUGGGGAGCUAUUUUUUUCCUCGUCACAGUUCUUCAAUGCAAACCAGUCUCGUUCUUCUGGACCAGACUUCUACCUGGAACACCUCAACCUGGAACAUGCCUCGACAUUAUGAUUAUUGAGGCCAUCACAUAUGUUUACAGUGCCUUCAGCAUUAUAUCCGACUUUACCUUUGCAAUACUACCAAUGUUCCUGGUAUGGAAGCUACAGAUGGAGAGGAGGAUGAAGAUUGUGCUUGUUCCCAUUCUGUCAAUGGGCUGCAUUGCCAGUGUUGCUGUGGCUGUCCGAUUUGGAUACAUAAAGAAAUUUAGUGAUCCUGAUUUCCUUUAUUCUACAGUCGACAUAGCCAUCUGGUCAACCACAGAGCAAGGACUUGGAAUUGCCGCGGGCAGUCUCGCUACGCUCCGGCCACUUUUCCGCAAAGCUGCUGCUCAUAUUUCAACUCGAUCAGGGCAAUCAGGGCAACAGGAUUCAUCACAUCUUUCGAACGAUAUAGUAACAAUUGGGAAAAUAAGCAGGCAGAAGAAAAGCAGAAAUUCCAUGGACCUGGAGACAAACAUUGUGCAGAACGAUAUUGAACUUGAGUCGGUGCAAGAGUAUGAACAAGAUUCAAAGCAACGAAACAGUAAGGGGGCGAAUCGCAAAUCAAAGUCAAUAUGGUCAUCACAAGAGCGCAACAAUGAAAGUGAGGAGAAGCUAUAUAUAUCAAAGCCACAAGAAUAUUAA